ACGCUUGUCCACACGCAAUAGUGGGAGACUAUGCUCUAAAAACCAUCCCAACGGUUUUAAACAGUCUCCUCAGCGAACCACGUGUAUUCGCUGUGCUCACUAUCGUCGAAGAUGUAGCCUGA